CCAGCUCCCACCACGACGAGGCUGAGGACCCACUCGUGCCACCCUGCUGAUGGGUCUGGCACAGAGUCUGACAGCGAUGAAUCCGUACCAGAGCUCGAAGAGCAGGACUCCACACAGGCCACGACGCAGCAGGCACAGCUCGCGGCAGCAGCCGAGAUAGACGAAGAACCCGUCAGCAAAGCAAAACAGAGCCGGAGCGAGAAGAAAGCUCGCAAGGCAAUGUCCAAGCUGGGCCUUCGCCAGGUGACAGGAGUCACCAGAGUCACCAUCCGGAAAUCCAAGAACAUCCUCUUUGUCAUCACAAAGCCAGACGUGUACAAGAGCCCGGCGUCAGACACCUACAUCGUCUUUGGCGAGGCCAAGAUCGAAGACCUGUCCCAGCAGGCUCAGCUGGCAGCUGCCGAAAAGUUCAAAGUGCAGGGAGAACCUGUUUCCAACAUCCAGGAAAACACACAGACCCCCACGGUGCAGGAGGAGAGCGAGGAAGAGGAGGUUGACGAAACCGGCGUGGAGGUGAAAGACAUCGAGCUGGUGAUGUCGCAGGCGAACGUGUCGCGGGCCAAGGCCGUGCGAGCCCUCAAGAACAACAGCAACGACAUUGUAAACGCCAUAAUGGAGCUGACGAUGUAGCCGCCGGAGGGAGGAGCCUUUUUUGGUGUUUCAGAGAGAAGAGUAAAAUACGACUAAAUUUAAAAUUUGUACUAUUUCUAUCGGUUAAUAAAGUUGUGGCUUAUUGUUGGUGAAA